AUGUCGAACCCUGAACAAACGACUCAACCGUCUUCUGCUACGCCCAACCCAUCGAUCAUCAACUCGCCAGAAUUCCAACGGAUCUUGGAAAAGCUCCACACUGACAACGAGCGUGAAUUUUUGGUGGAUAUCAUCAAGGACCACGAACAUCUUGAGCAGGAGAUGAAAGAAAACAUUGCGUCAAACCCAUCCAGCAUCUUAGAAAACAUGGAGAAGUUGAAUAAUGUUAUUUUCAAAUUCCUGGGUCUUGACGUGGAAGACCGCUUGAAGCUUAUGUCAGCCGAAGUGGAAAUUCACCUUGACGUGGGGAAGAUGAAGGAAGUCAUUGCCGUCAUGGACCUGACGGCGCUGAAGAUCUCAGACAUCUCUGAGCGUGGUGACUACAUUGCCUGUGUUGCCGAUAAGAGGUUAGAGAUGAAGUUGUAG